GAGUAGGGGCGCGGCCAGGAGCAACAGGAGGGGCGAGACCUGGAGUAGUAGCAGAGGCGGGGUCCAGAAGUGUAGUAGAUGCAGGGCCUGGGGCGGGGCCGAGUUCGGGAGCAGAGGCGGAGCCAGGAACAAAAGCAAGGGUGGAGCCUGGAGCAAGAGCAGGAGAGGAGCGCCUGAGCAGAGGCGGGGCCAGGAGCAGGGACGGGACGAAGCACCGGAGCGAGGCGGGAUCUCAGAAGGCGCCUACCAAGAACAGUCUUGCAGGCUGGUGACCUCCGCAUUCUCCAGGUUGAAGCCACGUUAUCCACUGCCCCGAGAUGUCCCCUGCUGGCCCUGCGUGGCCGAGGCUCCGAGUCCUGCAGGCGCUGUGGGCACUGCUGGUUGUGCUGUUGGCACCGUGGAGGUUGUGGGCGAUAAAGAAUACCCAGGAGUGCACCUGGCAAGUUGUCCUGAACAACUUUGAGACAGUAGGCAAGAAGGACGCGAGCGAUCGUUUCGUCGAUCAAGAGCCCUUGUACACAGUGGACAAAGUGUUCAGCCUGCUAGUGGACGCGCCCAUCGACCCUGACGAGACAUACCUGGGCUUUCCUUACUACCUGAAGAUCAACUACUCCUGCAAGGGAGAGCGGUGGCACCACUAG